AUUUUUAUUUUCUAGUAGUAGAUUGAUUAGAACUUAGGAGGACUCGUCCUCCCAAGACAUCUCUGUACGAACCCAACAGCUGUUAUUAUCGAGCUCCAAGAGCGGAUUCAAUUGACUAUCAUCGUCUUCAGGAGCUAUCAGAAAUCAAAUCCCAAUUUACUGCGGAAAAAAGGGUUCCAAAUCGCGAAUGUUAGGUCAGCCUUGCAGACGCCGUAAAACCUAAUCUACAUAUUGCUUAAAAAAGGAAAUAUUGUAAUCCACAAAAGCAAAAUGGAGAUGGAGAGAAAAAGGAGAUCAAAAUUGAAUAUUGCAAUUAUACACCCAGACCUUGGUAUAGGUGGAGCUGAAAGAUUAAUUGUUGAUGCGGCUGUUGAACUUGCCUCCAGGGGCCACAAUGUUCAUGUUUUUACAGCUCACCAUGAUAAAAACAGAUGCUUUGAGGAAACAGUUGCUGGUACCUUUCCAGUGACUGUAUAUGGUUCUUUUCUACCUCGACAUAUAUUUUACCACCUACACGCACUAUGUGCUUACCUGCGGUGUAUUUUUGUUGCUCUUUGCAUGGUGUUCUUGUGGCCAUCAUUUGAUGUCAUACUGGCAGAUCAGGUUUCUGUUGUCAUCCCGCUGUUGAAACUUAAAAAAUCAACUAAGGUGGUAUUUUAUUGUCAUUUUCCGGAUCUGUUACUAGCUCAACACACAACCACUCUCCGAAGAUUAUAUAGAAAACCCAUUGACUUUGUAGAAGAAAUUACUACUGGAAUGGCUGAUAUGAUACUUGUGAACAGUAAAUUUACUGCAUCUACUUUUGCAAAGACAUUCAAGCAUCUUCAUUCACGAGGAAUUCGGCCUGCGGUUCUUUACCCAGCUGUCAACGUGGACCAAUUUGAUCAACCUCAUUCUUACAAGUCGAAUUUUCUAUCUAUCAACCGUUUUGAAAGGAAAAAGAACAUAGAGUUAGCAGUUUCAGCAUUUGCUAUGCUUCACACCCUUGAUGAACAUGCCCUUCAAAAUGAUAAUGUAUCUGAGGCCACUUUGACUAUUGCAGGUGGGUAUGAUAAGCGACUGAGAGAAAACGUUGAAUACUUGGAGGAACUUAAAAGCUUAGCAGAAAGGGAAGGAGUGUCUGAUCGGGUUAGCUUCAUCACAUCUUGCUCGACGGUUGAAAGAAAUGAACUUCUUUCUCAAUGCUUGAGUGUCAUUUAUACACCAAAGGAUGAACACUUUGGCAUUGUUCCGCUGGAGGCAAUGGCAGCAUAUAAACCUGUUAUUGCAUGCAACAGUGGGGGUCCUACAGAAACAGUUAAGGACGGAGUAACAGGAUUUCUUUGCGAAUCUACUCCUAAAGCUUUCUCUCUGGCUAUGGCUAAACUCAUUCAGGAUCCUCAGAUGGCAAAGAGAAUGGGGGAACAAGCACGACAGCAUGUUACCGAGUCAUUUUCGACAAAGAUUUUUGGGCAGCAUUUGAAUCAAUACCUCGUCGACAUUGCCAGUAUUAAGGAGGACUAGGAAUUACAGUAGCUGAAAAUGACAACACAACCAUUGUGCAUAACUAAUUCAUACAAGAUGCUUUUGAUUGAGAAGAGUAUCUAUUGGUAGUCGGUUUUGUUUUCAAGAGAUUUGUCACUUGUCAAAGCAACAAAAGAUUUCUUAGCAUUGUUGAGAGUUUCAAUUUGGAUGAAAACCUUGAUUUAAUGUGCAGUGUCCUCGAAGGUUUUGUUUUUUUUUGGUUUUCCAUGUCUAUCUUCAGCUCCAAAGCUAGAGGAAAUUAUCCUUUCA